UACACAUCCUACACUUAAUCACAAUCCUUGUUUCAUUCCUCUCUUUCCUAAACAUUUCCGUGUGUUUUUCUUCAAUCAAAGAUGAGACCGGCAGGAAUUCUCGAGGCUAUUCAGAAAAUACUCAAGGCUAUGGAGGCGGCUAAUGGAAUUGCUGACGACAAAUAUGAAAAAGGGUUCUUCGAUGAGUACAUGUUCUGUUUCAGAAACUGCUACACUGAGGAUGAAACUGUGAAUCACAUGAGCAAUAAGUUUCCUUCUUCAGUACCUGCGGAUGUGAGAAAGUUCUUUAAAUUGUUGUUAUCGGCGACAGGUAAAGAGCCAAAAAAGGCCUAUCUCAAGGACGCUGAAGAUUGUUCGUUUCAUAGAAGGAAACUGAUGCGUGAUACUUCUGAAGAAGCUAAGAACAGUCAAGGUGAGGCCAGUACAUCUCACAUAUGCAAACCUAACUGCAAGAAACGUUAUCCCAAAUUCAAAAAAAAUUAAUAGUACUAUCAUCAAAGGAUACGUUGUCGUCUAAAUAAGAGUGGUUUUUGUGUUCCUAUACAACAAAAAUCCAUGUUUAUGUUUCCCUUUGUUUAGGAGUUGUACUCCAAUGUCUUUGUGAUUCACUAAUAAAAAUAGUAUAAUGAA